AUGAAUGUCGUAUUUUCUGUGGAAGGAUCCUACACGCUGGGCGAGGCGAACUUCCAAAAUAUCUUCAGCUUUAUCUUUAAUUCAUCGAGCAACUUUGACUUGGCAACCAAUAAAACAUGGAUCAUCACACUGGCUGGAAAUGAGACGAGGGUCUAUAAAACGAAAGAAGACCUGAAAAAUGCCACAGCGCAGCAUUUUCCAAACAGUUCGCAAGUGUCUUUGGGUAAAUUACUGGAAUCAGUCAAAGAUUGGCUAUAUGGCAAUUACUCGCGAAUGGAUGUUGCUACUAUCGUUGUCGUUAUCACUUCCCAGAAGUCUGAUGACGACAUCGCUAUUCCAACAAUUAACUUAAAAAACUCCAACGUAACUUUGUUUUCUGUGGCAAUCGGGAGCCAGGUGUCUCUGGGUCAAUUAAGCGAGAUCGCUUCAAAUCCCAAAGAAGACCACUUGUUGCAGGCUACAAAUACGACGGAGCUAUCACAGAAUUUUAACCUCACUUUGGCUAGGAGAAUAUGUGAAGGCAAGUCUUUUUUUUAAAUGAACCAUUUUAUCCAUUUGUAUUUUUGUCCUUAGCUUUUUUUGUAAGCCCCAAAAUAUUACAGAUGUAGUGGUACAUGAUCGUAAAACGUCUUUAUUAGUGCUUAUCUCGUGACUGUUUAGAUAUGACGUCACAUUUAUAUGAAAUAUUGAUAUUAAUUUUAAAUUGUCAAAAAAAAAAUUUUAACAUUGUUUAUAGUGCCGCUUUUUCAUAAAAGGUGUGAACACAUUGGUCGGAUCCGAGUUUCAUUAUUUGUCAAGUUCCUGUUGUAAGAUCAAAGAUUACCAAAGGAAUAUCCUUCUCACAUGUUUUAAGUGUGAUUUGAAAUGACUGUGGUACCUAAAUUUAUUCCACAGUUGUCGACAAAUGUGUCAGCUCUCCAUGUAGUAACAAUGGGAAUUGUACUAGCUUUACUGGUGGUUACAAAUGCACUUGUCCACCAGAAUUUCAAGGAGACAACUGUGAGAUGAGUAAGUAAAACUAGGAGACUUUUUCAUUACUUCCUGUUUUGAGAUUACUAAGAGAUCCGUUUCAAACCCUAGCCACAGUUUUUCGCAGCGUUUAUGGUUGUAUUCUUAAGCAAGGUGGGGACACGGAGGCCUGGGCACUUUCUCGGCGCCUCGUUUCACUUAGGUGUAGGAUUUAGCAGGAGUCCGAAAGUUGUCAGGGAACCCUGACGAUGCUGAGAUUUUUCUAACAUCAUUGCGUAAAUAUACCAUUCAUCGCCUUAUCUAAGGAACUUAUAGUUUUUUUUCAUAUUCAAUUCUAAUGCCUAUUUUUUUUUGCUUUUCCAAAGGUAUAUCUGUGGAUUAUCUGCGACUGGGUUGCUUCACGAACGCCUCUCAGACCAUUCCAUCCCUAGAGUCAGACAAUGCAACAUACCUUGAUGGCGAUUUUGAGACCAGAGAAAAUGUGGUCAAGAAAUGUGCUUUAGAGACUGCCAAGAAAGGCUAUAAACUGUUCGUUAUGCACAACUUAAAAGCUUGCCACUCUGGUCCAGAUGCACACCUCAUCGAUUUUACGGAUUUGGAAGGUUGUGGUCCAGGAAAUGAAGACGAAGUGUACCUCGUGGGAGGUGAGAUCAUAAAAACCGAAUUCGAGCUCUUCACCCUAAUCACUCAUCUGCUUUAUUACAUGGCUCCAAAGGGUGUCCAUAUUUUUCAACGCUUAUUCUAGAUCUGUAAUUGAUGGAUAGGGUUUUGAGGAAAAGGCAAUUUUUCCUUGUCAAGGGAUGAUCAAUAUUUGAUAUAAUAUGUUAACAUGCCGGAGAAGCAACGCAUUAGCCGUUAAAACAAUGUUCAAUUUGGAUUUUUAUGCCUGCAACUAAAAACAAGCUUUGGUGACCUCCACUUUCUAUUUCCUGAUUAACAAUUAGCAAAUUAGAGUUCACCUAUUCUGUAGAUUCAGAGCCACCUAAGCUUUUGAAGCAAAGCAAACGUUGUCGCUUUGAUCAAACAUUACCAAGGAUAAGUUUCAGCCAAUUUCAAUAACACUGAUCUUGCUUCUCUUUGGCUAGCUAAGUGUGGUGACCUACUCAAAGAUGGCCUUAUUCAUUUAUCGAGCUCAACAAUCCAAGGAUCAUCCUACAACUCUUCCUGGCGAGUUCCUCUUUUAGAUGGCGACUACUCUUGGUGUCCAAAGGAAGACGACCCAGUCCGGAAACUUAAGGUUGAUCUGGGUAAGUUUCUUAAAAUAAAUAUGGAUUUUUAAGGGUAAUACAGAGCUCGCUACUGAGUUCGACUUGGGGUAGAGUAUAGGCGUGGAAAAUGCAAAAACCGUAAGUUCGAUUUCUUAGGAAGACUCGGAUGAUUUCAUUCUCCCAGGCACGCUGGUGGUCCUUGACUCAAGUCCUCUAAAUUGAUGCUCACUGGAUUCGGUUGAGACGAGUUAAGCAAUUAGGCUACAUACACCCUCUGUAAAUAGCCGAGUUAAAACGAUUUGGACAGUCUUAAUAACGUAGGUUAUAGUAUAUGUUAGAGAUCGAAAUUUUCUCUUAUGCUGAAACAUUGUUUUCAAGGGCGAGAGACUUAUUUGAAUAAAGUGACCUUACAAGGUAAAAAAGAUUCUGUGGACUAUCCUGACAACUACUGUUUUGGUUCCAUUGUUAAUGGCGGUCAAGAACGAGAGAUCAUUCGAAACGAAUCUACUUGUCUGGUAAGAAAUGCAUUUAAUGAUGAAGGUAGUGCAUCUAACGCAACCCAUCAGUUAGCUAGACAGAUUAUAAGUUAUUUAAUCAUUUAUUAGUUAUCAAUCGAUUGAUCGCCAACAAACAACAAAGUAACGAGUUCGGUGACCAACUUAAGAAUAACAAGUUUUGGCAAAACUGAUACUACUUUGGCAUUGAUGUUAUCAUUUCCUUUAUAGAUCAGCCUCUCCACUGCUAGUUCAAACGCUAAAACAGAAGUCACACCGAGUCUUGGGUCACUAGAAGCCCAAUAUUUGAGUUUUAGUCCUUGGAGACCAUUCAAGGGUGAUGGGUUGUGCCUGAGAGUAGACGUGUUUCGAAAAUACAACACAUGUAUGGCAUAAUUUAUAUCAUUUCAGAUUUUUGUGUUAAAUGUUUAAAAGUACGUAGCUACGUCACAAUCUGAAUAUUUGAUCUUCUAAACUAAUUGAAAUACCUUUUGCCUUUAAAAAGUUCUUUGGCACCGGGUAAAAUUCAAUGAAUUGGCGUAGACAAGAUUCUUUAAAUCUGUGAAUUGAGUUUGAUAUACGUUCUUGGUUUACUGUUUCUUUGUUUGACUUUAUACAUGAAAGUAGAAACGAUGUUAAAAAAAUGUUACAGGAUAUAAAAAACCAAGCUAACUAUUACUAUUUUAAAAAAAUUUUAGCAGAUCGCCAAAUUUCCUGUAUGACUUAUCAAUGUUCCAUUUUGCCACACAAUCGGUAUAAAAAGUUUUUCUAAAAGUGAAUAUUUCAUUUCAUCCUUUGUAUCACAGCAACCAAAGUUUCAGUUUUAAGGGAGGCAGGUAACCUCAUCAUGUGCAAUCAUUCAAAUGUUCGCUCAGGAUUCUCUUGUCCUCCAUUGAUCGACGGACCUGUGGCUUGGUGUCCUAUUCAAUCCGUUGCAUUGCCGUUUCAUCAUCAUUUCUUUCAAAUGGAUCUCGGUUAGUAUUUUAAUUUCUUCGUCUAUACUCGAUGGCGAAAACGUUGUAAUUUAACGGCCUCUUUGGUCGAUGUUUGUUAUGUAUUAACAUAAUCUGUGCUUAACUUGUUUCAAUAGUCAUGGAAAGCUUGGAUGACCUCCAUCACUUACGACAUGCGUUUGAUUCCGGCAAUUAUGUACAUUUAUACCCGUUAGGCAACCCGGUCUCACUGUUUAUGUGUCACACGUUUUGGCAAUCGAGGGAAUACAUGUGCGAAACAUUGAUGGAACAAAGUGUGGAAUAGUGCCGUUGAAUUAUCAAAAGUAGUAUUCGCUAAAAAUUUGUUGACGAAAAUAUAUUGAUAGUGAGUUUUUCUUACAGGGCAGCCAUUCAAUAUUUCCAAAGUCGUAGUGCAAGGAGCAAAAGAUGCAAGUGAAUGGCCGUACAAGUUUUGCCUUCGCUACGGCCUCAACGGAUCGGAUUUGAAGGAAUUAACUCAAUAUCAAAAAGAAUGUCUCGUGAGUAGUUGGACCCUAGGGAGGGGCGAAAAUGACCUUGUUUAAUGUAUUUUCCCCUACCCCUCCCCCCUCUUCACCUUCGUCAAAGCCCUCACUAGGCCAUUAGCAAUCUCGCUUUUCAUGCCGUAAGUGAUUUGCAAUCUCAUAUUAUAUCAGUUCUCUCGCUUCGACCACAUCAACAGUUCAUCUGCCCUUAAAAACAUCUUUCCUUUCUAGCUGUUCAAACAAACCAACGAAGACCUGAGAGGGAAUAGUGAACGUACGAGGAAAUUCUCAGUUCCUCGACUGGUUCAGUCAGUCAGUGUGCAGCCUAAGUAUGCCACAUUUGGUACGAAUGAUGGUUACUGUGUCAGGACAGAAAUGACCGGCUGCGUUACAACCACAGUUGAUGGAGAGAAAGUUACUGAAGGUGAAAAUGAUAUAAUAUAAUCAAUUUUUAAUCCAGAGCAUAAAACUAUUUCUUUCUAAGCGUGAAGCCCUCAGUGGUUAAUUCGGUGGUAGGUCUCCUUCCGGCCAUUAUUUCAUCAAGACAAAAUAAAGUUUAAAUUAAGUUAAGUAGUCAAGCCAUAUUUUUCAUUUAUUAAAGAUUGAUUUAGAAGAGAUGACUGGUGAGAAUUGUUUAUCCACAAAGCGAGUCCGACGGCAUAAUCGGGUAUAAUCUCUUUAUGAAACAAAAAAUUACUGGCAUGGCAAGCACGAGGCGUGCCGUUUUCAGAACAGACAUAUUUCUACAGCUAAAGCUGACCCAGAAUGCUUGACGUUCUGUGUAAUAAACUAGAAUCCUCUCGAGUAUGACCUAAAAUGAUCGUGGUAUUACUUUUCUUUGUCAAUGCAGGAUGUACGCACAAGACGACAAGAGGCAAAUGCUGUGUGUUUCCUUUCAUCUAUGAAGGCCAAAUGAAAUAUUCUUGCAUUAAAAACAAUCACAACCAACCAUGGUGCGCAACUACUGACAAUUACGACAAAGACAAGCUUUGGGAUAAUUGCAAAGGUACUCGCAACUUUGAAACAUUACGGGAUAUUUUUUGA